AUGACUAAAGCAACUCGAUGUGCGGCUUGCAAGUAUUUCAGACGUCGUUGUCCUCGCGAUUGCAUUUUUGCUCCUUACUUUCCUAACAAUAACCCUCAAAGAUUUGCUUUUGUACAUAAAAUUUAUGGUGCUAGCAACAUUGGCAAGAUGCUCGAGGAAACACCGGUGAAACUACGUGCGGAUACAAUGGAUGCAUUGUAUUGUGAGGCAAAAUGUAGAAUUGAAGACCCGGUGUACGGAUGUGUUGGAAUAAUCUCUUCAUUGUAUACACAAAUUCAAUUAGCACAAAGCCAACUAGCAAAAGCUCAAGCCGAAAUUGCUUUCCUUGAAGCUAAUAAUGUUUCAUCAGUUGCCGAACUAAAACCAAUUACAUCGGUUCAUCAGCCUUUGGUUCAACAAGUUGGUUUUGAUUACGGUCUUGAUGUCGUCGACCCCUUUGAUAAUUGGUUCUACUACUAG